UCCCCCCAACUCUCUCCCACCUACUCAACGUCCUCGGAAACCGUUCCCAACACGAACCUUGACCGUUUCCCACGACUUCCUUCCUCCCUCCUCCUCCUCCGCUGGCUUCUGUUGCCAACGCAGUCCGUAAUGGAAGCCAGCCGGCCAACAGCGAGUCAACGGGUUCAUGCUGUAAGGCCAACAAAGAGGAUCCCUUUAGGGGAAUAUACUGCCAAAGCCUCCGACGCUUUACCUCUUCCGUUGUAUCUAACGAAUGCUGUGUUCUUCACGCUCUUCUUCUCCGUUGUUUACUUUCUCCUCUUACGUUGGCGCGAAAAGAUCCGUGCUUCAAUUCCCCUCCACCUCCUCACCUUUUCCGAGAUCGUUGCGAUUUUCGCUUUAGUCGCCUCUUUGAUUUAUCUUGUGGGGUUCUUCGGGAUCGACUUUGUUCAGUCUUUGAUUCUCCGACCUUCUGGUGAAGUUUGGAGUGCCGAGGAGGAGGAGGAGGAAGAGGAAAAUGGAAUCUUUCUUCGUAAAGAAGAUGCCCGUACGGUCCCUUGCGGCCAAGCUCUUGAUGACUCGCUUCCUUCGAUGGCUCAUAUGGCGCCGGUUGUAACAACCCAGAAAUUGUUCGACGAAAUGCCUGUUAGAGUUACAACAGAGGAAGAUACUCGUAAAAUCUCUGGCGGGCAGGCUCUUGUUUGCUCGCUUUCCUUACUGCCACCUCGAGUACCGGUUGUAUCUACCCAGAAACUGUUAGAUGAAAAGCCUGUUGUUGUUAGAACCGAAGAAGACGAAGAAAUAAUUACAUCCGUAGUUGCUGGAGCACUCCCUUCCUAUUCUUUAGAAUCAAAGUUAGGUGAUUGCAAGAGAGCCGCUGCGAUCAGGCGUGAGGCGCUGCAGAGAUUAACGGGGAAAUCACUAUCGGGUUUGCCACUGGAUGGAUUUGAUUACGAUUCCAUUUUAGGGCAGUGUUGUGAGAUGCCUGUUGGGUACGUGCAGAUUCCCGUGGGAAUCGCUGAGCCACUGUUGCUUAAUAAAAGAGAGUUCUCAGUUCCUAUUGCAACCACGGAGGAGUGCUUGGUGGCUAGUACUAACAGGGGUUGUAAAGCUAUUCAUUUGUCUGGUGGAGCUACAUGUAUUAUAUUGAAAGAUGGCAUGACUAGAGCUCCUGUUGUAAGGUUCAGCACAGCGAAAAGGGCAGCUGAGCUGAAGUUUUAAUUGGAAGAUCCUGACAAUUUCGAUACUUUGGCUGUUGUUUUUAACAGAUCAAGUCGAUUUGGUAGGCUUCAAAGCAUAAAAUGUGCAAUUGCUGGGAAGAAUCUAUACUUGAGAAUUACUUGCAGUACCGGUGAUGCUAUGGGGAUGAACAUGGUUUCCAAGGGAGUUCAAAACGAUAUGGAUUUCCUUCAAACUGAUUUUCCUGAUAUGGAUGUCAUCGGCAUUUCUGGAAAUUUCUGUUCCGACAAAAAGCCGGCGGUAAACUGGAUUGAAGGACGAGGCAAAUCUGUUGUCUGCGAGGCCAUCAUUAAGGGUGAUGUGGUGAGGAAGGUCUUGAAGACUAGUGUGGAAUCUCUCGUGGAGCUCAACAUGCUUAAGAACCUUACUGGUUCUGCCAUGGCUGGAGCUCUGGGUGGAUUUAAUGCCCAUGCCUCUAACAUUGUCACUGCAAUCUACAUAGCUACUGGCCAAGAUCCGGCUCAAAAUGUCGAGAGCUCUCGUUGCAUCAGGAUGAUGGAACCUGUUAAUGAUGGAAAGGACAUUCACGUCUCUGUCACAAUGCCUUCCAUCGAGGUUGGCACUGUUGGUGGUAGAACUCAGCUUGCAUCGCAGUCAGCGUGUUUGAACCUGCUGGGGGUUAAAGGUGCGAGCAAAGAGGUGGCUGGAGCAAACUCUAGGAUGCUUGCAACCAUUGUAGCCGGUGCGGUCCUUGCGGGGGAGGUGUCACUCAUGUCGGCACUUGCAGCGGGUCAAUUAGUUAAGAGCCACAUAACGUACAAUAGAUCAUGUAAGGAUGUUUCCAAGCUUUCUUCCUAGAUGAACAUUGUCAUGGUGUAGUUGUUUGUUGCAAGUCUCAUGCUAUAAAUGUAUCUGACCAUCCCUUUGUAAUAACUUAAGCGUCUUUGUGAUUUGCUUUAUUUGUUUUGUGCUUUGUUAUUAUUUUCUAUCUAAGAAAAAAAAAAAAAGAAAAGGCAUGUAAUGCGAGAAUCGUGUAAAAUG